GCUCCACUGGGGGCGGAAAUGCACCUCAUCAACACCCUUAAGAAGAAGAAAAAUGGCGAUCUCCAGUGAACGCGUGGAGGAGCUUCUCAGGACUUUCCGCGAGUCUUUAAAAGCGAAAGGUUUUGAAAUCUACCCCUUUAAGGUGGGCUGGUAUAAUGCAGUGCUCACCGCUGCUCAUCAUCUGCAGUAUCCAGCAGACACUCUGGCUGUGCUGGUCAUCAGCACUCCUGCCAUGUUUGAGUGUGCAUUCCUGCCCUUCUUACAGAGCCAGAGCUGCGAGAGCCUCAGAGACCCCAUAGACCAGUGCACGGCACACACACUGUCUGCCUGCAUCUCUCUGUGUUUCGCUAAUCAGUUUGUGGAUGUCAGCUACGACUAUGAGAUGCUGCCCAGCCGAAAGCCCAAGUUUCUUGCCCAGACUGCAGCCCAUGUGUCAGGAGCAGCGUAUUACUAUCAGACAUCAGACAUCCACAAUCCGCCAUGGGGAGAGAAGAAGAUGUUUGGAGUUUGUGUCCACCCUCAGCUGGGCGGCUGGUUUGCGAUCCGUGCGCUGCUGGUGUUCAGAGAUGUGCAGGCGGGAGCAGGUUUUCAGCAGAGGGAUCCCGCAGACUGUGUGUGCACGCAGGAGGAGCGCAUACGGCUGCUGGAGAGCUUUAACCUCCGCUGGCGGGACUGGAGCUACAGGGACAUCGUGCCCGCAGAGGAUCGCUACUCGGACCAGCAGAAGCAGUAUUUCAUCACUCCACCAGGACAGCGGAGGGCGCUGCUCAGACAGUGGGGAUACCUGACCGACACGCAGAGCUGAUCAAACUAACUAUUAUUGUGGUCUCUGCUGAACGACUUGUAUGUUGACUCUGGGAACAAUGUAAUUAAUUGCACAAUAGAAAACAAAUGUAUAUAUAUUUUUUAAUUUAAUUUAAUAAAAUUGCGGGAAAGUGUUUUAACAUAGUGGGUUGCCAAGUCCAGAGUUUUCCUGCAGGAUGUCUGAAGUCUUAAUUUUCAUUCCUUUAUUUUCCUAUCAGCUUAGUCUGUAUUAUUAAUCAGGGAUCACCACAGCGGAAUGAACCGCCAACUUAUCCAGCACAUGUUUUACUCAGUGGAUGCCCUUCCAGCUGCAACCCAUCACUGGGAAACAUCCAAACAUACUCAUCACACUAAUACCCUACAGACAAUUUAGCUUACCCAAUUCCCCUGUAGUGCAUGUGUUUGGACUGAGGUGCACCCGCGACCUUGCUGUGAGGCAACAGCACUACCCACUGCGCCACCGUGACGCCAGCCUUCAUUUUCAAAAAUAAAAUUUUAGUAAAAUAA